ACAUACUCUGGCCUCUUCUGUGUGGCCGUCAACCCCUAUCGGCGCUUCCCCAUCUACACGGCUCAAGUGGCCAUGAAGUACAAGGGCAAGCGACGCGCCGAGAUGCCGCCGCAUAUCUUCUCCAUUUCUGACAACGCCUAUCAUAACAUGCUGCAGGGUGAGUACAAGUAUGCAUUCCGAUGUAGCAAUUCAAUGCUUGUGUCUUACCGGUACUUUGCUAUCUUCGAGACGAGAAAAACAGCAAUUUCUGUAUUAAAGCCAUAA